AUGGGUCGAAGAAACAAGAAGCUCUUCUGGCUACCAGCUAUUGCACCUCUUGUUUCUGUCAUUCUGUCGACGCUCAUUGUUUUUCUGACUAGAGCUGAUAAACAUGGAGUAAAGAUAGUGAAGGAAGUUAAAUCUGGAUUGAACCCUAUCUCUGUUCAUCAGCUGCAGUUCAAUGGAGAACAUACAGGUGAAGCAGUCAAAAUUGCACUAGUUGCUGCGAUUGUAGCAUUCACGGAAGCCAUUGCUGUCGGCCGAUCUUUUGCAUCUGUGAGAGGCUACCAUCUGGAUGGAAAUAAAGAAAUGUUAGCCAUGGGUGUCAUGAAUAUUGCAGGAUCAUUUACAUCAUGUUAUGUUGCAACAGGGUCAUUUUCACGAACUGCUGUGAACUUCAGUGCUGGUUGCGAAAGUGUGGUGUCAAACAUUGUAAUGGCUGUUACGGUGAUCAUAUCCCUAGAGCUUUUCACAAGACUCCUGUACUUUACUCCGGUGGCGAUUCUUGCUUCAAUCAUACUUUCAGCUUUGCCAGGACUGAUUGACCUAAAUGAGGCUCACCAUAUUUGGAAAGUUGACAAGCUGGACUUCCUUGCUUGCAUUGGAGCAUUUUUUGGAGUUCUUUUUGCAUCUGUUGAGAUUGGACUACUCAUCGCGGUGGGAAUAUCAUUUGCAAAGAUACUAUUGUGUUCCCUUCAACCGGGCACUGAAACUUUGGGCAGGAUUCCAGGAACUGAUGUAUUUGUCGAUAUUAAUCAGUAUCCUAUGGCUGUGGAAAUUCCUAGAGUUCUUGUGACCAGGAUCAAGCCUGCCUUUCUCUGCUUUGCAAAUGCAAGUAUCAUCCGAGAAAGGAUUGUCGAAGCGGCGACCAUGAUUCACCAAACUGAUCCUGCAAAAACUACUGAUGGAAAAAUUCAAUUAGCCAUAUUUGACAUGUCAAAUUUGACUAACAUUGAUACAACAGGACUCUCAACUCUGAAGGAACUGCACAAAGAUCUCACCUCAAAAGGGAUCGAAUUUGCCAUCACCAACCCAAGGUGGCAAGUUAUUCACAAGCUCAGGAUGUCAAACUUUGUAGACAGCAUUGGGAAGAAUGUCUUCUUAACCGUCGGAGAAGCAAUCGAUGCAUAUUUCACCACAAAGAUGGUCUGA